ACGUGGACAUAAAAAAAGAAAAAAAAAAAUUCCUUGUUUCUGCCGCUGUGAUGCUCGCUACAAUGUGCCCCUUAUCCUUAACUCCCGCUCUUUCUCUCCUCCUCCGCCGCCGCCACGUACACAGGUCCGCCGUUGACCUCCCUCUCUCCUCCUCCAAUUUUUCUCUUCAUUGCUUCUCUCCGAAGCCACCUCCUACCCUACCCCUUCACUUUCUUUAUCGUGCUCCCCAUGCACCCACCGCUCGGACUUCUUCACCGUCCUUCACUCCAAGGGCCGCCGCCGGAGGUGCGCUGCUUCAAGACGCUGGUGCUACGGCAGCUGUUCUCGCCGGCGCGUACUGUCUAGUUCUCGCUUUUGAUACUCUCACUGAGCGAAAACUCAUCAAGCAGAAAUUAAGCAGAAAACUGGUUCAUAUAUUGUCCGGUCUGCUGUUCGCCAUUUCUUGGCCAAUUUUCAGCACCUCAAAUGUAGCUCGUUACUUUGCUUCUUUGGUGCCUCUUGUGAAUUGCCUAAGGCUUGUCAUCUACGGUCGCUCAUUGGCUACUGAUGAAGGGCUUGUAAAGUCUCUUACUCGAGAAGGAAACCCAGAGGAGUUGCUAAGGGGUCCUUUGUAUUAUGUUCUCAUAUUGAUGUUAUGUGCACUAGUCUUUUGGCGCGAGUCACCUGUUGGAGUGAUCUCAUUGGCAAUGAUGUGUGGUGGGGAUGGUGUGGCUGAUAUUAUGGGAAGAAGAUUUGGGUUAAUAAAACUUCCUUAUAAUCGACAGAAGAGUUGGGUGGGUAGCAUAUCUAUGUUCAUUUCUGGAUUCUUGAUUUCUAUUGGGAUGCUGUACUACUACUCAGCUUUGGGAUAUCUCCGGUUGAACUGGAUGUCAACAAUUCAAAGGGUUGCUUGGGUUGCUUUAGUGGCGACAAUAGUGGAGUCCCUUCCAACGACUGAGACUGUAGAUGACAAUUUAUCCGUUCCUUUAAUAAGCAUGGUAGUAACCUAUCUAAGUUUUGGUUUCUAGGUUGUGGUACCUAAUGAUUUUAAUUUUUUUUUUUUUCAUGGCAUUGAUUCGAGUAUUCUUCUUGUUUGUUAUAUUUUGAUUACUCUCGUCACUUGCAUGCUCUGGGUGCUUUCCUUGUCUUUGGAUAAUUAGUUCCUUUUCGCUUCAUAGUUCCACCCAAAUCAGUUGCAAAAUUUUAGCAUUGCUAAUGCUUCUGUCUAAUGAUAGCCAUCCAGUUUCCUAGGACCUUGGAUGGCAGUUUAAAAAUAACACCUAGUGGCCUGUGCAAGCUGGUGAAGUAUAGCUGCAUAUCAAGGUUGAGCUAAGCACCAAUAUAUCAAAAUUGAGUUACACUCGUUUUGACUUCUUUGUCUAACCAUAUUCCUUAAAGCAUUUGAUUCUCGUAUUUUCUCCUCACUGGUUAUGUCUUUGUUAAAAAUAAAUUGAAAAUAUUAGGAGCUAUGUCGUCACAUGAGUUAUUUCUUGUUGAACCUUUGCAAAAUUUUUCCUCUCUAACACCUUUAAGAUGAUAAUAUUAAGAUGGAUAAUAUUAUAACUCUUGCAUGAUUGGAUCUAGAAUAACUAGACGAACGAAAGAAAUUCAUAGACCAGCAUGGUCCUUAAUUUUUUAGAUUUGAACCAGUCGCAUUUUCUCAGUAAGUUUUACUUUGUUUAAAUGCAUGUUACAUUUAAAAUGUACACGUGGAAGGAUUUUCCUGAUUCUAGUUUUAUUUAGUUAUUUGGUUAGAUAUUGCUCACCUGAUUGCAGAAUACAGGUGAAUAAUUCACCUGAAAUUAGAAUAUAUAUGAAUAAUGGAACUAGGGAAUUACUUAUCACCGUCCAUCUGCAAAAGGAAAAUGAAAUGCCUACUUUUCUAUCAUAUCAAGCUUUGGGGACAAUCUUGAUUGGCCGUUGAGCUCAACUCAGUUGCGUAGGUGGAUCUUUUCCUUCUAUUUCUUCUCCAUUGAAAGCUACAACUAUAGAGAGAUCCAACUAUUAAAUUUUUGUAGGCUACUUUAUUUCAUUUGCAUUUGUUGGGCUACUUUAAACAUAUUCAAACUGUUCCUUCCUCGUUGGUGA